AUGUCAAUAUCGCAAGAUAAACUAAAGCAAUUGGCUCAAGAUUGGAUUUCAAUUGAUCCAAAUCCUACUACAAGUAAAGAAAUCAAAGAUCUACUUGAUAAUGAAGAAUAUGCAAAAUUAUCUUCAAAACUAUAUCCAAGAAUCGCAUUCGGAACUGCAGGAUUAAGAUCAUCAAUGGAGUCUGGUUUUGCUCAUAUGAAUGAUGUUACAGUAUUACAAGCAUCUCAAGGACUAGUUGAAUUUUUAAAAUCAAAAUUUGAUAAUCCUUCAAUUGUAGUUGGUUAUGAUCAUAGAUAUCACUCACAAAGAUACGGAGAAUUAUUAGCAAGUGUUGCAUUAUUAAAAGGAUUUACUGUUUAUUACUUGGGAUCAGUAAAAAAUUUAUCCAAAGAAUCAAUUGAAUUAUCUCAAUCAAAAUAUGAAAAUGAUAAUAAUGCUUCAAGAGAUUAUGUACAUACACCACUUGUACCUUUUGCAAUUGACACUUUAAAAGCAUCUGGUGGAGUAAUGAUUACUGCUUCUCACAAUCCUGCAAAUGAUAAUGGAUAUAAAGUAUAUUACAAUAAUGGAUGUCAAAUUAUUCCCCCUAUAGACUCAGACAUAUCUGAUUCAAUUGAACAUAACUUAAAACCUUGGAAUGAUCAAGUUUGGAAUAUUACAGGAAAUUUUACAAAAGGCUUGGAAGAUGGGAGAUUGAAAGUAGUGAGAGAUGAAAUUAUAGAGCAAUAUGUUUCUGGAGUCAAGGAAAAAUUACUAAAACAUAAUGAGUUGAAUUUUAAAUUUGUUUAUACUCCAAUGCAUGGAGUUGGUUUAGAUACUUUUGCAAAAUGUAUGAAAUUAUUCAAUAAAUCCGAUUAUACAGUUGUACCAGAACAAGCACAUCCAGAUCCUGCUUUCCCAACUGUUAGUUUUCCAAAUCCUGAAGAAAAAGGUGCUUUGGAUUUAGCUAUUAAAUUAGCAAAUGAAGACAAAAUUUCUUUAGUUAUUGCUAACGAUCCAGACGCUGAUAGAUUUAGUUGUGCAGUAGUUGAUAAAAAUGGAAAAUAUAAACAAUUAACAGGUAAUGAGAUUGGAUUUUUAUUUGCAAUGUAUAUAAUUGAAAAUACUCCAAGAUUGGACUUAUCAAAUACUUAUUUAUUGAAUUCAACCGUGUCUUCACAAAUUUUAAAAUCAAUGGCUAAUAAAGAUGGAUUCCACUACUUAGAUACUUUAACAGGUUUUAAAUGGAUUGGUAAUAAAGCAAUUGAUUUAACAAAUGAAGGAUACAAAGUUCCAUUUGCAUUUGAAGAAGCUAUUGGGUUUAUGUUUGAUUUAAUACAUGAUAAAGAUGGAGUUUCUGCAGCUAUAGUGUUUUUACAAUUAUAUCAACAAUGGUUUAGUUCCGGUAAGGUAAAUGUAUUUGAUAAAUUAGAAGAAGGUUAUAAAAAAUAUGGUUGGUUUAAAGAUUUAAAUGGAUAUUAUAGAUUAAAUGAUUUAAGUUUAACUAAUAAAAUUUUCAAAAACAUAAGAGAAUCAUAUUCACCAAAAGAAUAUCCAAUUGCAAUUGGAGAUUUUAAAGUUAUAACAUGGAGAGAUUUAACUGUUGGAUAUGAUUCAACAACAUCAAAUACUAAACCAAUAUUACCAAUAGAUCCACAUAAUCAAAUGAUAACAGCAAUAUUAGAACCCAUAGAAAAAUCAAAUAAAGAUAAAGAUCUUUCAGUUAGAUUUACAUGUAGAGGAUCAGGUACAGAACCAAAAAUUAAAAUUUAUGUUGAAGGUAAAUCAACUAUUAGUGAAUCAGAUGCUAUAAAUAUAGCUGAUAAAUGUUGGGAAACAUUGAAAAAGGAAUGGUUCAAACCAAAAGAAUAUGGUUUACAAGAAAUGAAACCAUGA